AUGCCCGAAGACGGUUCCGGCUGCGCGGGGCGGCGCCGGCCCCACGCGUGCGUCCUGCGCGCGGCUCUAGCCCUGCUGGUCGCAGCAGUCGUGGGGAUCUGCAUCGCCGUCUGCAGCUGGCGCCCCGCGCAGGUGCCGCCCGAGUCCCCAGGGUGGGACGUAGCUGAGCUGCAGCUGAAUCACACAGGACCUCGGCAGGACCCCAGGCUACACUGGCAGGGGAGCCCAGCACUGGGCCGCUCCUUCCUGCGUGGACCAGAGCUGGACAACGGGCAGCUACGUAUCCAUCGUGGCGGCAUCUACAUGGUACACAUCCAGGUGACGCUGGCCAACUGCUCCUCCAGGCCCCGCCCCCGCGCCACCCUGACCGUGGGAAUCUGCUCUCCAGCAGCCCGGAGCAUCAGCCUGCUGCGCCUCAGCUUCUACCAAGGUUGCUCCGUUGCCUCCCAGCGCCUGACGCCCCUGGCCCGAGGGGACAUGCUCUGCACCAACCUCACAGGGACAUUUACGCCUUCACGAAACACUGAUGAGACCUUCUUUGGAGUGCAGUGGGUGCACCCCUGACCACCGCCUCUAGUUAGGGUUUUUUUAAUUUUAUUUUAUUUUAUUUAAGUUCAGAAAAAGAAAAAAAAAAAUCAUGUACACACCAGCCAGCCGGGGUUGGGAGUAUAUUGGGUUUUUUUCUUUGUUUUCAUUUUCCUCUUAAAAAUACAAAA